GCAUGGAGGGUUGUGUGGACUGUGUUUUUUAGUGAUUGUGAAAUCCUCACAAAGUAGUCAGGUGUAUUUGAGAUAAACUACUUCUUUCUCAAGGGGUGAGUUUACUUCCUUCGUCGACGUAUGGAAAUUGUGGAAUCUCAAGGGAAUCUGAAAAAGCUGAAUGCCGCUGAAAGGAAGUGAUUGCUAUUCAAAUUCCUUGCAUGUCACGUCAUUAGCAAGUGGUUAUUACAGCCCGUUCAUUUAAUCUCAGUUGACACAAAGCUGCAGAGAUUGAGAAGGAAAGCGAGAGGUAGAAUCCCUUCAACGUUUUACGCCAGUUUGAGGAGUCCCAGGAAUCCAUCGUAAAGAGUAGUUUAACGUGAACUUUGAGACAAUGUCAAGAAUGCUUUGGUCUUUUCUGUUCCUCGCCGUUAUCAUGGUGGUGGACCGAACAGAAGGGUGGAGGAGGCGACGAAGACGAAGGUGCCCAGUAACAAAUUGCGCUGUCGAUAACUGGUCCACGUGGAGUCCUUGCACCCAGCCCUGCGGUACUGGAGGGACACAGAGGCGUCAACGGAAAGUGAUCCGAGGAGCGACAUGCGGUGGAUCCUGUUCGUUUGCACUCGUGGAUAGCCAACCUUGUAAUUUGGGAUGCUCUAAUGGCGGAACUCCGCUUCCUGGAAGAUGUAACUGUAAAACUGGAUACAGCGGAAAGUGCUGCACUGGGGUGGAUGGAGGUUGGUCUACUUGGAGUUCAUGGAACACAUGUAGUAAAAACUGUGGAACUGGUCAACAAGAACGCAGACGAAGCUGUACAAAACCGUCGCCUAGCAACGGUGGUAAAACUUGCGUUGGAUCAUCCCGAGACGAUCGAGCGUGCAACACGCGCAACUGUCCAGUACACGGUGGUUGGUCAAGUUGGAGUGAAUGGAGUUCAUGCACUCAGUCCUGUGAUACCGGUUCUCAAGAACGUUCUCGAACCUGUACCAGUCCCCCUCCACGUUAUGGCGGGAACUUUUGCCUUGGAAACCCGCGGGAAAACAUGGAAACGGUCUUAAAAUCCGCCGUAUUCUUCGUGUUGUUUUUCACGGAGACGAUUGCUCCUAUAUGUGACCGCGACUCUCAAAUAGCAGCUGGAAACGAUCCCGAUCCAUGGAAUGAAGAUCGGCGCUGGGACACUGAUCAGGAUUACAUGACUUACUACUGUGUUUGGAAAAGUUGGGGCAGUUGGAGCGGUUGUUUUUUUGGAAAAAAGACACGUUAUCGCGUAGAGGAGGAUGACGUGAACAACUGUCGAUGUGACAUAGGAUUUCAAACGCAUUCGUGUAGGACUUUUGUACACGGUGGUUGGUCAAGUUGGAGUGGAUGGACAACAUGCACUCAGUCCUGUGGAACCGGUUCUCAAGAACGUUCUCGAACCUGUACCAGUCCCCCUCCACGUUAUGGCGGGAGAUCAUGCAUAGGAGCAGCGCGGCAAACACAAACGUGCAACAAGCAGGCGUGCCCUGUUCACGGCGGCUGGUCAGGUUGGGGUGUUUGGUCAAGCUGCAGCAAGUCGUGCGAUGUUGGGAUACAAGGAAGAUCACGGAGCUGCACGAAUCCACGACCUCGAAAUGGCGGGAAAUCUUGUCCAGGAGCGGCCAAUGAACAACGCGUGUGUAACACGCACUCAUGUCCGGUUGACGGUGGUUGGUCAAGUUGGAGUGGGUGGACUUCAUGCACGAAAACUUGUGGAUCUGGUUCACGACAACGUUCUCGAAGCUGUACGCGACCGCGUCCUCGUUAUGGUGGGAAAUCUUGCCCUGGAAGUGGGUUGGAAAGACAAGUGUGCAACAGGAAACCUUGCCCGGUUACAGUUGACGGUGGUUGGUCAAGUUGGAGUGGGUGGACUUCAUGCACGAAAACUUGUGGAUCUGGUUCACGACAACGUUCUCGAAGCUGCACGCGACCGCGUCCUCGUUAUGGUGGGAAAUCUUGCCCUGGAAGUGGGUUGGAAAGACAAGUGUGCAACAAACAACCUUGCCCGGUUCACGGUGGUUGGACAAGUUGGAGUGCAUGGAAUUCCUGCAAUAAACCCUGUGGAACCGGUUUUCAAGAACGUUCCCGGAGCUGCACGAGCCCAGCGCCAAGUAAUGGCGGGAAACCUUGCGAAGGAGCUGCGCGGGAAAAUAAUGAAUGUAAUACGCAUGCGUGUCCAGUUGAUGGCGGUUGGUCAAGCUGGUCUGUGUCGACACCCUGUAGCGUUACUUGCGGGAGUGGGGUAGAAAUCCUUUCUCGUACUUGCACAAAUCCCGCACCUAAACAUGGCGGAAGGUCUUGCCCUGGGGCGGGGCGAAAGGAGCAGGCAUGUAGCAAGAACCCUUGCCCAAGUAAGUACUGUGAAAAAAUUACAAUUCGACUUUGCCUUUCCACGCCCCCCCUUGACGGUGGUUGGUCAAGUUGGAGUGGAUGGACUUCAUGCUCGAAAAUUUGUGGAGCUGGUUCACGACAACGUUCUCGAAGCUGCACGCGACCGCCUCCUCGUUACGGUGGGAAAUCUUGCCCUGGAAGUGGAUUGGAAAGACAAGUGUGCAACAAACAACCUUGCCCGGGUAAGAAAUGAAGCGUUUCGUGGAAUUACAGAUUAGUGUUUCAACUAUUCCUACCUUUA